AUGCCGAGAAGUAUCAUCAAAAAUCGCAAUGAGACAAUAAAAAAUUUUACUGAAGAACAAGAAGAAACGAAAACUGGCGAUAAGAGUGAAAAAUCAACAGGACGUGCCAUUCAAAGCAACUUUUAUUUUCCAUUAAAGAAUCUUUUGAUGAAUCCUGUUCAAAGCAACAGAUACAAUAAUGAAAAGGCGGGAAGGUUAAUUGUUUAUCCAUCGUCUCAUUCAGUUGUGAAAAGUAACACAAUCGAUCAAACAAGAAGAAGAUAUUACAUGAAUCCCUCAACAGGGUACAAUACGGCACACCGAAGAUAUCAAUACACGCCUGACUCAAUUUACCCAUUUAAAGGGAAGGAACAUACAAUAGGUAACCAAUACAAUAAAGCGCCAACAGCUAACUCAGUAAAGUUCAAUGCACCCAUUGUUGUGGCUGAUUUAUCAUCAGCAGCGACGAAAUUCAAUGCACCCAUUGUCGUUCCCGACACGCCAUCAGCGGCAACAAAAUUCACUGCCCCAAUCUUUGUACCAGAUGUCCCAUCGUCACCAUCGAAACCACCAGUUUAUUUAACUCCAAAUAUGGCUUGCGGUAUCACCUCAAAAAUGUACUUAGGAGGUACCGUCUUUUUACCAACUCCUUUACCCGAUGAAACAACAUCUAAAAAUCCUUCAUCUUACAUACCUGAUGAACUUGAUGCCAUCAAGGAUUCCAUCGACAAUAACAAUCAUCAGCUGGAGAUUGGGAAUGAUAAUGAUAAUAGCAUUUCGUCUUCAGACCAUCAUCAAAUGAAAUGA